AUGAAUUUAAAUGUUUACGAAGGUACAAAAGCAGUAAGAAAAGUUAAAAGCCUUGAAGAAGAGGCACAGGGUACUAAUUUAGGUGUAUUACCAUUUGGUGUAUCAAUAUUGUUAUCUAAAAAUCAUGUAGAGUUUACUGUAACAUUGGAAGCUAAAAAAUCCAAUAACGAAACAGUUUGGUUGGGAUUUUAUUUUUCAUCAUCAUUUCUAAAAUUUCAAAAAAUAUUUAAAAAAACAAAUGGAUCAAUUGAUAAUUUAAGUUACGAAAAUAUAUCAUCAAUUCUUCAUAGAAAUUUAGUUACAAAAUUUGAGGAUCCAUAUAGCUGUCCAUUAUAUAUUACAGGAUCAAAUGAUAGUAGAGCAUAUUGGACUAUUUUACAUAAUAACUCAAUUAUUGGUCAUAUUCCAUUACACAGAUCAGAUUCUUUUCACUCUUUACAAUCAUAUCCAGUUUUAUAUUUAGAGAAUGAUAUUCAAAUUGUAAUUGGUACAGAUUUAGAUAGAAAUCAAAUAUUCCCAUCAUAUCCAAAUGUAGAUACAUUGUAUAACUCAACAUUACGUAAUAUAGAUACAGUUUUUUCACAAAAUAAGUGGUCUGCAACUGUUAUACCAGUAAUUAAACAAAACGAGGAUGAUCCACAACAAAGCGAAUCACAACAAACAUCACCAGCACCAUCACCAAAUUCUUCAGGUUCAAAUAUUCCAACAUCAUUAUCACCAUCAACAAGCUCCAAUAGUGUUAGCAAUGUGGCCGCUCCAUCAUCUUCAAAAAAGAAAUUCGAUUUAUAUGCAAAGCAGUUAUUAUCAAAGAAUCAAUUUGAUUUGGAGAAGCUUUCAAGAUGGUUUAUAAAAAAAUUUAAUUCCAGUUCACCCUUAACAUUUGCAUAUGGUGUUUCCAUGUACAGAAAAUCAAAUACUAAAACAAUGGAUCUUUUAACCUUAAAAACUCUUCAAACUGGCAAAACAUAUAUUGUAAAUUUAUUACACACUUUCAGAUUAACACCAAGCUUAGAUUACUUUAAAGACCCUUAUAUUCAAAAAUCUUUUGAACUUUCAAAUUUACCACAGUAUACCCAAAAAUUUUUUCAGGAAAUUGGGGAAAAAAAAGGAUUUGCCCCAGGGGUAUGGGUUUAUUAUUAUUUUCGGCCGAAAAAAACCCCAAAAACCUAA